CUGACAUUGUUUUGACGUUAAACGGGCUGUUUGGUUGCAGUGCGGUUGUGCUUUUGUUUGCUUUUUUGGCAUAAAUUUCCAUGUUCCAAAUUGGUAUUUAUUUUCUAAACCACCAGGUAUUAAAGAUUCCAUUGAAUCAAUAAAAUUUCACCAGUGCCUCUCUGGAACAAUGGUGUUUCCAUUUCAAACAAUACCAAAUGCUGUCUAUAUUUAGGCUAUAAUUAGUUUCCACAUUUAUAUAAAGGAAAGGGAAGUUUCCCAAAUUGUUAAACUGAAUGAUGAAUGGAAAUCGAAACUCGCUUUUUAAAGCCCUCCGUGAACGGCCAUAUGGGACAAACUUUGGGAAUAUUGCAAACACCGUUAAAGAUGACCUGGCACUUGUUCAGCGUUUGGGCCUUACAAAAAACCUUCAGGGACAUAAAGGUUGUGUGAAUACCAUUUGUUGGAAUGACAAGGGUACUUUGAUUCUCUCUGGGUCAGAUGAUCAACACUUGAUGGUAACUAAUGGAUUUAACCAUAAGAUUGAAGCAAACUACUACACCAGUCACAAGGCAAAUAUUUUCAGUGCAAAGUUUUUGCCAUGUACUAAUGAUCAGCAGAUUGUUAGUUGUUCUGGUGAUGGAAUUGUUUUACAUACAGAUCUAAGUCGGCAACAAGAUACUUAUCAUAACCAAUUUCUGUGCCAUGGGGGUACCACUACUUAUGAAGUAAUGACAGUACCGGAUAAUCCGCAUACAUUUAUGAGUUGUGGAGAGGAUGGCACGGUGAGGUGGUUUGAUCUUCGAGAGAAGAGCAGUUGCACCCAACAGCGAUGCAAAGACGACAUUUUAAUUUCUUGCCAAAGAGCGAUUACUGCUUUGGCAGUGAGUCCUACCGCCAGUCAUCAACUAGCUGUUGGUUGCGCUGACUCAACGGUACGAAUUUAUGAUCGAAGAUAUCUAAGCGUAACGCCUGGAGAACACUUGCUCGCUCAACCAUUCUGCACGUUUAUGGCCCCCAAAUUUGGGGAGGAGAGACACUAUCGGAUCACAUCUCUAAAUUAUGAUAGUGAUGGCAAAGAUAUGCUGGUCAGCUAUUCAUCAGAUUAUCUGUAUCUUUUUAAUGUGCAGGACUGCUCUACAUCAGAGCAGAAAAAACCUACUCAGAAGCCAUCAGCCUGGGAUAAACUAAGGGCAGCUAGGGUAAAAAGAGAAAGAGUUUCUCCGCCGCCCGUUAGGAGACUAAGAUUGCGGGGAGAUUGGUCGGACACUGGACCCGAUGCGAGACCCGAAAGAGAUGUUUCCACUAGUGUUGGCAUUGGUCAAGCUAGACCCCAGCUUCAAGCCACAUUGAUGCAACGGAUGACAGAUGUUUUAUCCCGGAUGUUGAAUGACCCAAUGACACGCGCUGCUCUAUCUGCUGGUGGACAAGAAGCAUUGGACCCAGAAGAAAAUGCUCAAAGACUUUUGGACGGAAGACCGGACGCAGCGGGUAGAGUCCAGUGUUUUGAGGACAAAUCAUUUAUAAGAAAGGACGGACCCUCAGGUGGGUUAGAAAGAUCAGCUCAAGGCGUCGAAGGGUCAUCUGGCAGCAAUGAGGCUGCAAGCGUUUCUAAUACCGCUCAACCGCAAGCAUCUGCUUCCGAACCCGCCACUCCCAAUCAAGACACUUCAACAUCGACCGCAACUAGAGAUGGUAAUUCUACAGUUACAAGUGAAUUGCACGGUCAUCUUGCCGCGCUGCGAAAUUUAAGACAAGGAUUUAUCAACAGGCAUGGAGCAGAGCCUUCAGUUAGCUUUAGGUACUCUGAUCAGAGCACAUCAAGUUCUACAAUAAGUCUACGUGCUAACAAUCAAACUGCAGCUCCCAAUGUCAGUCAAGCGAGUGCUCAAUCUGCAAAUACCACGGAAGCUGAACAGCCACCAGCAAACCGCUGCGAUAGGAGCUUGGAAAUGGAUGUCGACUAUCCUGAAGAAGAAUCGGCUGCUUCUUCUUCAGAACCUGCUGUGGAAAAGACUGAAGAUAACAAUGAUAGUUUUAGCAUGUAUGAAGCUGAUGUUAGAAAAAAGUAUACCGGACAUCGAAAUGCUAGGACAAUGAUAAAAGAAGCAACUUUCUGGGGCUCUAAUUACGUUAUGUCCGGUUCUGAUUGCGGACAUGUAUUUAUUUGGAAUCGUCACACAACCAAACUGGAAAUGUUACUGCAAGCAGACCAGCAUGUUGUUAAUUGCCUAAGACCACACCCGACUUUACCUAUACUGGCCACUAGUGGUAUAGAUCAUGACAUUAAGCUAUGGGCGCCUAUACUUGACGAUUGUGGAUUCGAUGCUGAACAAGCGGAAGAUUUAAUUAGCAGAAACGCAAUAAUGCUAGAAGAAACUAGAGAUACCAUCACAGUGCCUGCCGCCUUCAUGAUACGAAUGUUGGCGUGUCUCAACCAAAUCAGACGAGGAGCCCGGAUCAGAAACAGGCGAUAUAGCAUUGAAGAAGAUAGUUAAAUAUCUGAAGCGUUGGCUAUGCUUCCUUUAUCGUGAGGCAUAAAACUACGUUAUAUUAACAAUAUGAAGGCAAUUGUAUUUCGAAACACCCCAAUUGCAAAAGAAAAAUUUCUAUAUGUUUCAUUAUAAUAUCAAACAUGAGUUCGAAAAUCGACCGAAUGGGAAUAUGAAUCGUGAGUUUUGUUUUCUUAUUAUCUGUGUUCAAAGAUGCUUCACUUAGACGAAAUUCUGAAUUUCCGUUGUUUCAAAUGUUAAUUGUAGCUUAUUCGAGUUUGCUUUCCAGCAAUAAUGUGAUAAAGGAAUUUAGGAUGUGAACUGAUAAGUUAUUCAACAGUUAUACAUAUUAAAUCUAAUUAUAUUUAUUAUAAAAUUAUCACAUGUCAGCUACUUUUGUUCUAGUUCAACCAGCCGACUGGAUUUGAGUUUAUAUGACAAUGCUUUUAUUAAAAUUCAAUUUUUAGUAAAUUAAUAAAAAAAUAUUACAAAUCUAAACAAUGUUAGUAAAUUGUCGUCUUUAUUACUUCAGACAGUUGAUGUCCUCAAAUAUUUUUGCACAGCACGUCUUUUUGGAACCAUCAAAUCAGCGUCAUUUCUGUUAUUUCCGUCCAGCUAAUCGCAAGUUGUAGAAGAAGGCUAUUCAGGCAAAUAAAAAAUUGAAUUUUUCGAUUGACCUAAUAUAAGUAUUAAUAAUCACGUAACAUGUCACUUCGGCAAACACACACCGUAUUAAUACCUAUACAAAUGUAUUAUUAUGGAUUUUAAGCAAGUUCAUACCUAUCUAUAAUGACUUCCAAUCAAUAAAUUUAUCGAAAUACUAACCCCAUAUUCUUCAAUAACAGAAUCGAAUUCUGGAGGCUCCAGAAUUCAGUUCAGUUAUUAUUUAAUUAUUGUUUUCAAAGUGUUGACUAUAAUCAGAUUGGGUUAGUAAAUUUUUUAAAAAUAUAUUUGUUUUGUGCCCUAAUAGAGGAUGUCUUUAAUUGCUGUAAAUUAAGUACCUGCCUCUGUUUUGAAAUUAUGCUGAUAAAUAAAAAGGUCAGGUUUAUAGUGCGAUUAGCUAUUAUUCAUUUUUUUUAACUAAGUAAUAAAGACAGCUUGCCUCUGCUAAAUAAUUGAAUGCAACAAUGCCUUUAAUCAGCCUAUUAAUACUGCAUACUCUUGGAAUGUUUUUAGAUCAAUUCGUUAUAGUAAUCCUAAUAAAUGUAAUUUAUUUUUUUACUGUAGGAUCAUAAAUUAAGUGUGAUAUUAUUUGAACUGAGAAAGAUAUUAGAAGUGAUCUGUUUUGUUUUUUAGUCUUAAAAUAAAGAUUACUUGAAAUAUU